AUGCAUCCACAACUUGAGGCCGAGAGAUUUCAAUCAUGUCGAGAGGUUAUCGAGGCAUUGAACGAAUGCCACAAGAAACAAUUCUAUAAGAAAAUGUUUGGAGUAUGCAAUAAUGAGGAGGAGGCUAUGAACAAAUGCUUGAAAGAAGCUAGUACCACUGCAGUCAGCAAGGCUACAAUUGAGAAGAGAGACAAAAGGAAGACUUUAGAAGCUAAAUGGAAGAAGACAGAAGAUGAGGAAAAUGAAGAAUACAAGAUCUUGCAGAUUUUGCUAGAAAGAGCAAAGCAUAAGAAGUUUGGUGAAGAUGAUGGCAAGAAAUGA